AUGGCGGACGCAGCUGACAGUGACAACCCGGCGUGAAAUAUAUUCCAAGUGUAGAAGUAUGCGCCUGCAUCAGAUAUGAACAAACAACUUAUGCGUAGGGAUUUAUAUCAGAAAUGGAACCUUCAUACGUGAAGCUGCUUCUUAUCAUCGCCAUUUUAUUACCGUAUACCUCAUGUCUUCACUUAAAAGGAACAUGGAACUCGGAAGGAUUUUUCUUGUUUCUAGCAAAGUUUGGUUUUCAGAAAACCACAUCUCCAGAUUUAGACCGAACACAAGGUUAUAUUUUUGGAAACAUCACCACAGACUCAAGUGUAAGCCUGGAUCUUAAGCUUGUUGUGGUUGAUAGUGAAUAUUUUAUUGAAUUUUACACAAAUCGGACGUUGCCACGGGAAACUGCUUGUCCAAGAAUGUUCAACAAGAUAGACACAAUCGCAUUUGAUGUUGAUUGUAACCCAAAUGGAGAACAAGAUUUUCUCAGGAGGGUACCUUGUCCACAUAAUAUGUUAUGUUUGGAUGAAGACGACCCACACAAUGUAGUACCUGGGUACCAGUUUACCUACAAAGUAAGGGACACAGAACGACCAAGGUUUUGGUACGUCAGUAUAGUUGCCUGCCAUCGUAACGGUGUUCAGGAACCCAAGUGUCAGUGGGGCUACAACAAGACCCAACAUGGAACAGUUGCCUAUGACAUAUGGAUGGUCAAUGGCGACCCCAGUGCAAAACAUCUGAACCCAUUUGAACACCAGUUCUCCUUCGAGCUGCACGACGUGUUUGAAAUCCACCUGAUGGCCAUAGUGUUGUGUACUUUACUGUUUCUCUUGUGGCUGUACGCAUUCCUCAGACAGCAGCACACACUGACGAAGAUCUUCACAGCCAGCUUCCUGUUAGAGAUGGUCGGCAUCAGUUGCAGUCUCCUCGACACCACCAUCUUUGCCUUCAACGGGUGGGGUGCCGAGUGGCUAGGCAUCAUGGGCACGCUUGUCCGGGUCCUCAGUCAGUGUCUGUUCAUGCUGUUUCUCCUGCUCAUUGCCAAAGGAUGGGAGAUUACCACUGAUAAACUCAGCAGGAACACUGUCCUCUUCACUUUGUGGGGAAUCUACACUGUCUUGAAUAUUGUGCUCUUUGUCUGGAACAAAACAGAGGUAGACAUCAUAUCCAACCUGGAUGAAUGGCAGACGUACUCUGGGUAUCUGACUCUAGCAUUUCGACUGGUUAUAAUGAUGUGGUUUCUGUGGGAGCUUCGCCAAACAUUCCGCUCUGCUGUCCACCCUGACCGCCUGAACUUCUUCCAACAUUUUGGUGCUUUCUGUCUGGUCUGGUUCGUCUACCUGCCUGUCCUUGCUCUCAUUGCUACGCAGGUGUCAGCUCUGUGGCGCUUCAAAACUGUUCUCAGUAUAUCGUAUGCGGCAGAUGUCUUGGCAUAUGCUGUACUGAUUCACCUGUUCUGGCCCAGCAAGUCCGUGCUGUACAUGAUUAAAGGGGAAGUCCCUUUACAAACUUAUGAUCUGGAAAUAACAGGGUUGUUGGAUGACAUACAGGAGACAACGCUGUUUGCAAGGUCAACAGACAAGAGUGAUGGAGAAGAGGAAGAGGAUGAACUCCUUGGACAUGUUGAAGACAAGAAGAGCAACGGCAACAUCGCAAAUGGAAAAGUGAACCACGCGACCCUACUGGGUGAACCUGAAGAAACGUCACUAUAGUUCUUCAGCCGAUCACUGAUACAGUCAUGCCAUAACUCAUGUAUGAGUCUCUUUUUACGAACAUUAUGAACAAAACAAAUGUUUUAUUCAUUUUGAAUUUUCAAAACAGCAGAUAUCUGCAUCAGUAUUUUCUAAAAGAAGGCUCAUGUUACUUGAACAUUAUCAUUUUUCAAAGCAUAAUAUAUUUACCGUGGUACAAGAAUCGGUUGAUUGGUAAGGAAAAAUAGAUGAGAGAACGUUGAGACUGUGUGAUAAUGCCAUAACAAACAAGUGUAACAUAUUUUAUAUCUGUCAUGUAUUAUUGUUAAGAAUGACAGUCCAUGCAUAAUUCUAUGUAAUAUAUACAACAUAUAUAUUGAAAGCAUUAUAUAUUCAGAAAGUUUUAAACUGUGAUGUAUGUAAAAUCAUGUGUCAUGUUUGUGAUAUUUUCGAUAUGAUUGCUGUGCAUUUUGCUGUUUCCAGUAUGCUGUCCAACAGUGUGGUGUGUGUGUAGUCUUGUCACGCUCAGUAAGGUUGUGUUACUGAUGUUAUUCGCUCACCUGACUGAAAGUCAACUGAGCUUCAGUCAUGGCCGGUUCGUCUGGCAUCUAGUCAGUUUUCUGUUGAUUGUCAUAAAUGUCUUCCCCCCAAAGUGAGCAUCGGACUUGUGAAACCGAAACUUCACAAACUUGUUCAGGGAAAGAAACCUUUAAAAAUUUCCCACUAGAUCACAGGACCAGUGAGUGGACAAUAAUUAAUGAU